AUGAAUAUCCCAUUUAUACGGAUCUUGGAGAGGAAAGGGAAAAGAUUUCGUCUUACUCUUCUCACAUCAACUCUCUCAUCCCUCCAGGUGUCGUGGAUCAGACAGCGAGACAUCCACAUCCUCACGGUCGGGCGCUACACCUACACGACAGACCAGCGCUACGAGGUAAUCCAUUCCCAAGGCUCCAAAGACUGGAUCCUCAAGAUAAAAUACGCCCAGGUUCGAGAUUCGGGCAACUACGAGUGUCAGGUGUCUACCAAGCCCGUGAGAUCUUACGCCGUCCAUCUCCAUGUCUUUGCUCCCUUGGCUGAGAUCAUCGGAGCCCCAGACAUGCACGUGGACAAAGGCUCUACCAUCAACCUCACUUGCGUCAUUGCACACAGCCCAGAGCCGCCGGCCUACAUCUUUUGGUAUCAUAACGGCAAGGUUGUGAACUACGAAUCCCCAAGGGGCGGUGUAACAGUGACGAUAGAACGAGGCAACACAUCCCGUAGUUCUCUCAUGAUACAGGAAGCCAAACCUCCUGAUACUGGGAAUUAUACCUGUGCUCCAUCCAAUACUGCCCCAGCUUUCAUACACGUACAUGUACUAAAUGGAGAAACCCCGGCAGCCAUGCAGACCAACAGGGGAGUGGCUAUCGCUGCCCCACCCCUUGGACACGCCCUCCUUACAUGCCUUUUGAUGGGCGUGCAUCUCGUCUUCCUCGUCGAGAAUCUGCUCCUGCCAGGAACUUUCAGAGGAGGUGGAGACAGGACGUAGGCUUAUACCAAUGCCUAUAUCCCUCAUCAUCAUAUAGGCCUAUACUACUGGAUCUCCAUCUACUGUCUCUGCUAUGACGAUGGGUCGUCGCCUUUACAUGUACAAAUUACACAAUGAGUUCACUUAGUAACAUUGUAAUGAUAGUAGCUAAGUGAGUGCGUUUCCUUGUGUGUUCUUAUGGCAAGUUAACGCUCGGUGGAGAGACGUGUUGGGACUUUUUUUGCAUACAAGGAAGGAAGGAAGACGACAUUCGCUUUGUUUACCUUUAGAACUCUUAGUGCACGUUUUGUGGUUCUUGGAUCAUCGAUACUCUCUUGUUUCUUAGACUUUGCGACACGUUCACAAAACAAGGAAGUUAUUACUAGAGCACGUCCUACAGAAGUGAGGAUCCGAAAAUAUGUUAAUUCAAGUGAAAAUAAAAGUCAUAUCCUUCGAAUAUCAUCUCGGAAUAGUUACGUAAUCCCGAGAUUAGAACACAUUUCUGGAGCAACACCAGAGGCAGAGAUUUUGAAAUUGCUUCUCCAGUUGGCGUCAAACUUUAACACAGAACUGAAGGCUAAAGUGAAGACUUCUAACCUCUUUUACGCAACGACUCAUAUUGCCAUCUAAAGAAAGAAAGAAAAAAAAAACAACAACAACACUUUGUUUACAGGAGAUACCAAAGUAAGUCAGUGAGAGAAACAAAUACCAGGGAGAUAAACACUUUUUCCCUGUUCUUUUUCAGAUUUCGCAGAAAAAAAAUAACACUAAUUAAUCUUCAGUGAAAGUAGCAUACAUUUGUUAAACAAAGGAAACAGUUAUUAAUACUGUCUGGGUCGUAUUCACAAGAUCCAGGUCACCCCCCCCCCCCAAAAAAAAAAAAAAAAAAAAAAAAAAAAAGUAUGUGUUUAAGAAAUAAUGAAUAAGUUAAUGAAAAACAAGGUUAUUUUUUCAGGAACAAGAUCAUCAGUCCUAUUAUCCCAAAAAAAAACAACAACAUAAGCAAGCAUAGAGUAUAUGCGUAUAAAAAAAAAAGAAAAAAAAAAUACAAAUAAACAGAAAGGACGAACGUUUUUUGAUCUACAAAACGAAGAAAAAUAUCAGUGGUACUGGAAGAAGAGUGAUAUGUAACAUUCCAUGUCUUGUAGCUGUGUUCUGUCGCCCAGAAGCCAAUGGGGAUUUCGUAGAAACGUUUUAAAAGUGUGCGUCUUCGGUAUUAACUUAUUUCAUGUAUGUAGAUUAUGCUGUGGACCAUCGCAAUGACAUUUGUGGUUGCACGGUUGAAUUCUUUUAUUAUCUAAAUCAUUUUUGCAUUGUUG